CUGGACACGAAGCUUCUCCAGUUAGGAAAAUGUCCAAGGUGAGGAUUUAUGGGCUGCAUUUGUUGGUAGCUCUGUUGGGUCUUCUUAGCCUUGGAGGGGCAGGGCAUACUGGGGAACAGCCUCUCUCAAAAAUUGCUAUUGAGAAGGCAACAGUUGCUAUUCAAGAAUCUGCUUAUGUGAAAGCUACACCGACUCUUCUUGGAUUGCAGGGUGAAACUAGCGAAUGGGUGACUUUAACUUACAUCUCUCCAAAUGCAUCAAAUGAUGAUUGGAUUGGUGUUUUUUCUCCUGCAAAUUCCAGUGCUUCAACAUGUGCCCCUGAAAAUGUGAGAGUUUCUCCUCCACUGCUGUGCACUGCACCCAUUAAGUAUCAAUUUGCAAAUUACUCCAAUCCGAACUACAAAGACACAGGAAAUGGAACAUUGAAGCUUCAACUGAUCAACCAGCGAGCAGACUUCUCUUUCGCACUCUUUUCUGGUGGACUCUCCAAUCCCAAGCUGAUCGCUGUCUCAAAUAUGGUAACUUUUGUGAAUCCAAAGGUACCUGUUUACCCACGCUUAGCCCAAGGGAAAGCAUGGAAUGAAAUGACUGUGACUUGGACCAGUGGAUAUGGGAUCAAUGAAGCAGAACCUUUUGUUGAAUGGGGUCCAUUAGGAGGAAAUCAAAUGCGUUCUCCAGCUGGGACAUUGACUUUCAAUCGUAACAGCAUGUGUGGUGCACCAGCAAGGACAGUGGGAUGGCGUGAUCCUGGUUUCAUACACACUAGUUUUCUGAAGGAUUUAUGGCCCAAUUCAAUGUACACGUACAAGCUAGGACAUAAAUUGUUCAAUGGUAUGUAUGUCUGGAGUCAGAUAUACCAAUUUCGGGCUUCGCCAUAUCCUGGUCAAGAUUCUUUACAGCGUGUUGUUAUUUUUGGCGAUAUGGGCAAGGCUGAAGCUGAUGGUUCCAAUGAAUAUAAUAAUUUUCAGCCUGGCUCCCUUAACACCACUAACCAGCUUAUUCAAGACUUGAAGAAUAUUGAUAUAGUUCUCCAUAUUGGAGACUUAUGUUAUGCAAAUGGAUACCUUUCACAAUGGGACCAGUUUACAUCACAGAUUGAGCCCAUUGCGUCAACCGUGCCAUACAUGGUUGGGAGUGGUAACCAUGAGCGUGACUGGCCUGGAACAGGAUCUUUCUAUGGGAAUAUGGACUCAGGAGGAGAAUGUGGUGUGCUAGCAGAGACCAUGUUUUACGUUCCUGCAGAGAACAGAGCUAAGUUCUGGUACUCCACAGAUUAUGGCAUGUUCCAUUUCUGCAUUGCUGACACUGAACAUGACUGGAGAGAGGGUACCGAGCAAUAUAAGUUUCUUGAGAGGUGCCUAGCAUCAGUUGAUAGGCAGAAGCAGCCAUGGUUAAUCUUCCUUGCGCAUCGAGUAUUGGGUUAUUCUUCUGGUGACUGGUAUGCCACGGAAGGGUCAUUCGAGGAACCCAUGGGGAGAGAAAGCCUUCAGAAACUCUGGCAGAAGUACAAGGUUGACCUGGCAGUCUAUGGUCAUGUCCACAAUUAUGAAAGAACGUGUCCAAUCUAUGAGAAUAUUUGCACAAAUGAAGAGAAGUCAUACUAUAAAGGCCCUUUAAAUGGGACCAUCCAUGUAGUUGCUGGUGGUGGAGGUGCUAGCCUUGCACAGUUCACCUCCCUCCAGACCAAGUGGAGUUAUUACAGAGACUAUGACUUUGGAUUCAUAAAGCUCACAGCAUUUGACCAUUCAAACCUGCUGUUCGAAUACAAGAAGAGCAGCGACGGGAAGGUCUAUGACUCCUUCAGAAUCUCACGGGAUUAUCGGGACAUCUUAGCCUGUACAGUAGAUAGUUGCCCAAGUAUGACAUUGGCUUCUUGAUGUGGGAAUGAAGUUCAAAUCUAAUCAGGAGUGCUUGAUAGCCCUGUUUCCUUACCUGAAGAUGUAUUUAAAUGCUGGUGGCCUCUUGUUUCAAUCUGUGAGGAGCUGGGAUUUUGUCAGGAAAAUUGAAUGCCA